UAGGGCUUUGGCUUAAAGAGAAGAGGGGAGCGCUCAUGAUCCGAUUCGUUCUGCUCAUCAGCAGGCAGGGAAAGGUGCGAUUGACGAAAUGGUACUCUCCAUACACGCAGAAGGAGCGACUUAAGGCGAUUCGCGAGCUCAGCGCGCUCAUUCUUCCCAGAGGACCCAAGCUCUGUAAUUUUGUCGAGUGGAAGGGACUCAAGGUCGUCUAUAAGAGGUAUGCGAGCCUCUACUUUUGCAUCUGUGUGGAUUCUGAGGAUAACGAAUUGGAUGGUCUCGAGGUGAUUCAUCACUAUGUCCAAGUCUUGGACCGCUACUUUGGAAAUGUUUGCGAGCUAGAUCUCAUCUUCAACUUCCACAAGGCUUAUUUCAUACUGGAUGAGAUUCUAAUCGCUGGCGAGCUUCAGGAAUCGAGCAAAAAGUCCGUCUCUCGCGUCAUCUCGGCUCAGGACACUCUGGUAGAGAACGCGAAAGAGCAAGCGAGUUCCGCUGAGCAAUAUGAUCGCCCAGGCCACAAAGUGAAACGUAUAAAGUUUUUUAGCCUUCCUUUAUAUAUUCUGCUCACGGCAUAUCUCCUUCAAUGCCAUGACUACGCCAACUUUUGCAGGAGCACGAGUUCCAGUAUCAGUGAGCUAGCGGCGCAAGAUUUCCAAUCUGGCACAAAGCCACGGUUCCAGGUGCUCUAGUGACCAUAAAAUAAAUCUUCUUCUUCUUAUUAACACGGGCAUAAGAUUUAGACGUCAUUUAUACAGCUUGAACUAGAAGGAUCCAAUGGAUAAAAUCCAGGCUUGUAGAUCUUCCCAUAUUUUACUGUUGAUUUUCGUUC